AUGAAAGGAGAUCGCCUCACUGUGUUAAACGUGGCGGAAAAGCCGUCAGUCGCAAAGGAGGCUUCGCGCCUGCUGGCUGGCGCUUACCAGAAUGCACCGUCGCAGAGCCGAUUCAAUCCUGUUCACCAAUUCGAGUUCUCGCUGCAAAACCGUAGCUGCACAAUGCUCUUCACUUCCGUCAGAGGGCACCUCAUGAGUCUCGAGUUCGCGUCCGCCUACCAGAACUGGAAUACGACGCCCCCUGAAGAUCUCUACAGCGCUCCGGUGGAGAAAAGCAUCUCUCAGGACGCUGGCGACGUCCAGAAAAACCUCGUCGAUUUGGCGAAGAAAGCGCAAUGGCUCGUCCUUUGGCUGGACUGCGACAGAGAGGGCGAAAACAUCGCGUUCGAGGUCCUCUCUGUGUGCUCGAAGGCCAACUCGAGGCUGAAGGUUUUUCGCGCGGUCUUCUCCGCGCUGACAAAGGCAGACUUGGAGCGCGCCUGUCGCUCGCUGCAGGCGCCGGAUCGAAAUCAGUCAGACGCAGUUGACACUCGGUCAGAGAUUGAUCUACGCAUAGGCGCGUCGUUCACUCGCUUCCUCACGAUGCGCUAUCGCACUCGCGUCAAGCUCCCGUCGCCCACGAUCAGCUACGGCCCUUGCCAAAGUCCAACGCUUGGAUUCGUCGUCAGUCGGUUCGUGGAAGUGGAAAACUUUGUGAGGGAGGCUUACUGGACGAUCCGCGUCACGAUUAACAAACUGGACGACGAGAAGGGGCCGAACGCGCCGCCGCUUUCUGUCGACUUCACGUGGGAUCGGCAGCGACUCUUUGACCAGCUGGCCGUGCUUGUCCUCUACGAGAUGUGCUUGGAGAACCCCGUCGCGACGGUGACAGACGUUCGGGGGACGGAGCGAACCAAGCCACGCCCUGUACCUCUGUGCACGGUCGAGCUCCACAAGAUGGCGAGUCGGAAGCUGCGGAUGUCGUCUGCGCAGUGCAUGUCAAUCGCAGAAAGUCUUUACCAGCGUGGCAUCAUCAGCUAUCCACGUACAGAGACAGAAGUUUUCUCGCCGACUAUGGAUCUUCUCGCCCUCAUUCGAGUCCACACAGGGAGCACGGCGUGGGGCGCGUACGCUCAAAAGCUGGUCGAGGGCGACUUCCUGUGGCCUCGCGACGGAGCUCGAGACGACAAGGCACAUCCUCCGAUUCAUCCGCUGAAACUUAUGCAGAGGUCGGAGUUUGAGAAGGAGGACGAGUGGAAGACAAAAGUGAACAGCGGGGGUUUGUGCACGCGCUUGCAGCUCUACGAAUUCAUCACGCGCCACUUCCUCGCCUGCUGUAGGGGAAGGAUUUCACGCCACCGGCCUCACCGUGCUCGAGAGACGAUGGCUGGAGGCUUAUCCCUACGAGCAGUGUUCCUCUUUGACAUCCAGUGGAUAUGCGUUUGGACUGUGUAUGCAUAUAUAUAUAUAUAUAUAAACAUAAAUCGGCGUGUUAAUCGCCACUCUUGCUGUUGGGCACAUCGCCGUUGGAUGCUGUGUGUUCCGCGCACUCAAGGCAUCCCCAGCCUUGGCACCUUUCUGCUUUUCAUUUUCUCCCAUGGCCUUCAGAAUGGAAUUGGGACUGACGCCACAAUGCAUGAUCACAUUCGGACAAUCCAGGAUCGGCACUACUGCUACAAGAAUGAGAAUAUGCAGUUCGUGCCCACAGACCUUGGCGUUGCUCUGUAUCAGGGGUUCAAAAGACUUGCCGAAGUGUCGGGCGUCGACCUAUCGUUGCCAGAUCUCCGCGCUCGCAUGGAGGCGGACAUGGCCCUCGUGGCCCGCGGGGCGAAAACCAAGCAAGAAGUCCUCGACAUCCACCUAUCGGAAAUGCGGCGCGUGUUUCUGCUCCUCAAAGCGCACGCCGCGCACAUGGACAGAGAAAUGCGGUUCCGGCUCGGCGGACUCGAAGAGAGCGUGGGGAGGGACGGCGUCACCCUGGUCGCGAAUUUCUCCGAAUGUGGGAAAUGCCGCGCCCCCAUGGACCUCAAGGCGUCGGGUGGUCCCCGUGGCGACGGGAGCGAACCCGGUGGCAGGUGGGGGUCGGCGGCGAGGACGAGGCGGGCGCCAUCCGACUACAGCAGGUUUGCACGAGGCUCUCACAGGGUUGCCAAACCGUGCUUCUUCUCCCCCCCAAAGGCGACCUGGCGCCGCACGCAGUCCGAUGCGCCUACUGCAGUUUUCAGGUCCAAUCCUCUCCCGGUGUGCCGCAUGGCGGAGCGAUGCACAGCGGCCCCUAGAGAGGACCGCGACAUUGCCCAGGAGAGACGAUCGAAGCCGUCUAGAAACUUGCAUAAGCGUUAUUCCAAAAGGUUCGUGACGACCUUUGCUUUUCUGACCAGCAUCAAUGUGUCGACAGGUGGCCGGGAAGGUAUGUGGAAUCUCAAGACAAAACGCAGCAUAGGUGCCUUUUUUCCAAUUUUGGUGACUUCUUCACGCGCCACGCUGCUUGGCGCGCCCGAACACCGCAAUAAAUCGAGGAGAGAGGGGAAAUGCACAAAUUUCUUUCAUCUGUCUCCGGGUUCAGCAGGUUUGUUGUGCACACUACCCAAAUGCCAGUCAGGCCACAGCGUAAAAUUCUCAAUUCGGUAUUAA